ACUCCCUUUUAGCAGUAAGCUUUAAGAUAAUGGAUGUAGUAACAUUCUUUUGUAGCAGCAGGCUAUAAAAUAGUCGAUGUAUGUGCAAAAGCUAAUAAAUAUUCGUUAUGUUUACAUUAAAAAGUUACCAUUUUGAGCAAGUCUCCACACGAAAGCCCUACAAGCGAUAAAAUAUAAUUAUUUUAGACCGAAUAUCUGUAGCUUUGCCUAAUUUUAUUUGCAGUAAUCACUUGUGUAAAGAUUUCAAAAAUUUUAAAAACAUUGUGGUGCAAAAAAAGUUGCUAUCCAGUUUUGGGCAACAAAUAAGCUCUUUUUUCAUUAAUCUCUGACAAUAGUCUCAUUUCACAUGAUUCUUAACUUUUAAAUAGUUAAAAAGUAUAGGAUGCCUAAUACAAAAUUUCUUGAGGAUCUCAUUACUUCUGGAGGAAACAAAACCACAACAAAAGAAGUUGAAGAAUAUGCAAAACACAUGAUAGAAACUUACGAUCUCAACAGAGAUGAAAAAAUAAACAUAUGUGAACUCUCUAAAUUAAUCAGCAUUCAAAAAAACUUUUUAAAAGGUUUUAAGAAACUAAGCCUUAAAGACUUUGAUGUUAUUUUUGAACACUACAAUCGGAGUGGAACUGGACGUCUUGAUAACUAUGAACUUCUUGGGUUUAUCUUUAAUUUAAUGGAAAAGAUAGAUGCAAUUAAAAAUCCAUCUAUAAAAGAUAUAGAGGCGUACAAGGCCGUUGUCCUCAGAUCAAUAGGAAAAAAAGGAAAAAAUUCAGUAUCAAAGGAAGACCUCCAGAUAUUCUUUAUAUAAAUGAAAAAGAAAUCUCAAAUCAAUAACGACGAUUUUUAACAAUAAACUCUAAAAACGACUCCGUUAAAAUUAACAAACUUUCAACGAAGUAUUAUUUAUUAGCUGAGUGUGUUCUUGGAAAUAUUUUUAUGUAACAAUACGUAAAAGUUGCAGACGAUUAAAAUAGUAAUUA